AUGGUUCGUGCUACUCCAUCAAAUCUCUUUCACUUUGUACAAACUGGUGCUUUUCGACUUCAGCAAUCUCUGACCGACCAUUUAAAUUUGUAUGCCACACCGUCUCAAGUCAAGACGACACCCUUUGAUCAAGUUGUAGUCUCAUCAUUUUGCAGUUUUCGCUCCAUGUUCGUUCAAUGCCGACAAAACAAGUUUGAGGUGACUUCAAAGCCGAGCAAAGUUUCAAUUGAUACGAGUUCCAAUAGGCAUCUCCAAGUUUUCUCAAUCAACGGAGUCGUACUUCUCAUCAUGUCUUUUUUGGACGGUGAAUCGCUAUCACGCGUCCAAGGUGUCACUAAUGCGUAUCACACCUUCAUCCAGCACUAUCACGAGCUUCUUUACCGAUCGUUAAUCGAAGAGAGACAAGUUUUCCACACCGUGAUAACCUCGUCGUCGGCUUUCAAGUCGUAUCUCUUUUCUCUCCGACACGAACUAGACCAAGAGCUCGCACAUACGCAUGCCGUACACCCCACGCACAGCGCAUUAGAGCAGUUUUGUAGCUCGACAGAGCAACAUGGAUUCGUGGCCAUGUUCUGUGACAUCAUUGAGUUUCACGACCCAAGAAUCGCUCGUUUUGUCGCUUGGAAACGACAAAGUGCACUCAGUAUGGUGCUUGCUGCCACACCCGACCAUGUGAUGAACUUUCGAAAGCAAUCCAGCUAUAUCGGACCAAUUACUUUCGUGCCCGUGGACAAUCCGCUCUGGCCAGUGUUCACUUCAUUAAUUGUAGAUACACCUGGAUUCAUGGGCUAUGCCUUCGAUCAUGUCACAAUGGUCGAGGGAUAUGAGGCACUCAAAGACACUGUCGUGAAGUCCAUACUUAAAGAACUCAUGAUCUUUGACACGACUGAGAAUGCAGCAGCAUACGGACGCAGGAUCGGUCGACCACCAUACGUAGCAAUUCUCGAAGAUGAAGACGCUCAGGAACAGGUCGGACUGACGGAGAGAACGAGCCAUCUCUCUUUUUCUUCACAUUUGCGUCAACAGCUUGCAAAAUACCCUAUCGCAGAGCGUAUUCGUCGUCUUCAAUCCAAGAUCAAAGCCGUAGACGAUCGCAUUGCAUCUAUGCCAAACAGUGCAAUUACCUCAUCAUGUUAG